GUUUCUUUCGUGAUUUCUUCUUUAUUGUUAUAUACUUUUUUUGUGAAAUUAAUAGAUAGAGAUAAUUCAUAUACCUAACGUCAACUAGUUGUUGUUGUUGUCUUCUUCAUUUUUUAUGAUUUUUCGGAGAUAAGGUAGUAACAGUACAUGCAUGCAUUGGCUUGGGCUACGGUUGAAAUUUUGAUAUGGGUUGUUGAGGAAUCUCAUGAUUUUAUUGAAUUUUAUACAUCUGAAUGUGAAAAUCAACCCUUUUUGGUUCCAAUGAAGAAACAAAAUGUAACAAGGUUUAUGAAAAUAAAAGAAGAGUUUAUCGUGAUUGUUGAAUCUAAGAUUGUUGAGCCUCUAAAUAGCUUGUAAAUCAUUUACCUAGAGGCUUCAGCCUUCAAGAAUGUCAACACUUUCUGGGGAUGUAUCUAAUCAUGGUGGUAGUAUAAGAAAUGUUGACUCUUUCAGUAGUGUGGCCGAAUUGGAAGACAUUGAUUUCUCGAGGUUACCUAGGCCAAGACACUUGAAUGUUGAGAGGCAGGGCUCACUUGAGAGGUCCCUUACUGAUACUCAACUGGGCUUCUCUCCCCAUCCCCCUUCUAGAGCUGAAAAUUUCUUCCGCGCUUUGGACCACUUUGAUGGUGUUUUUUCACCAUCAAAAAGAUCGGGGUUCACUACCCCUAGGUCACCUUUUGGACCUGGGCCAAAUCCUAUGAUUGCUGAGGCUUGGGAAGCUUUGAGGCGUACCUUGGUGCACUUUCGUGGGCAGCCUGUUGGGACUAUUGCUGCACUAGAUAAUUCAGACGAAAAGCUUAACUAUGAUCAGGUGUUUGUCAGAGACUUUGUUCCAAGUGCGCUUGCUUUUCUAAUGAAUGGGGAAGCAGAAAUUGUGAAGAAUUUCAUCUUGAAGACUCUUCGUCUUCAAUCAUGGGAGAAAAAGAUAGAUCGAUUCCAAUUGGGAGAAGGUGUAAUGCCAGCUAGUUUCAAAGUACUCCAUGAUCCAGUUAGGAAUACCGAGACAUUAAUCGCAGAUUUUGGUGAGAGUGCAAUAGGAAGAGUGGCUCCUGUUGAUUCUGGAUUUUGGUGGAUUAUAUUACUUCGUGCAUACACAAAGUCUACAGGGGACACUUCCCUAUCUGAGAUGCCUGAAUGCCAGAAGGGUAUGCGCCUGAUACUCAGUCUAUGCCUUUCAGAGGGGUUUGACACAUUUCCAACUCUUCUUUGUGCCGACGGAUGCAGUAUGAUAGAUCGUAGAAUGGGUGUUUAUGGAUACCCAAUAGAAAUACAAGCACUAUUCUUCAUGGCUUUAAGGUGUGCACUUCUUUUACUCAAGCAUGACGCUGAAGGGAAGGAGUUCAUAGAACGAAUUGUGAAGAGACUGCAUGCGUUGAGCUAUCACAUGAGAAAUUACUUUUGGCUUGACUUAAAGCAACUUAAUGACAUAUACAGAUAUAAAACUGAAGAAUAUUCCCACACAGCAGUCAACAAGUUUAAUAUCAUGCCUGAUUCUCUACCAGAAUGGGUUUUUGAUUUCAUGCCAGUUUGUGGUGGCUAUUUCAUUGGAAAUGUUGGUCCUUCAAACAUGGAUUUCCGUUGGUUCUGCUUGGGCAACUGUAUUGCAAUUUUAUCUAGCUUAGCAACCCAAGAACAGGCAACUAAGAUCAUGGAUCUUAUUGAGUCACGUUGGCAUGAAUUGGUAGGAGAGAUGCCUUUGAAGGUUUGUUAUCCGGCUAUAGAGGGUCAUGAGUGGCGGAUUGUAACCGGAUGUGAUCCAAAAAACACUAGAUGGAGCUACCACAACGGGGGAUCAUGGCCAGUGCUACUAUGGCUCCUCACAGCAGCGUGUAUCAAGACCGGGAGGCCUCAGAUUGCAAGACGUGCCAUUGAACUUGCUGAACUUCGGUUGUCCAAGGAUGGGUGGCCUGAAUAUUAUGAUGGAAAACUUGGCCGAUUCAUAGGCAAGCAAGCGCGUAAAUACCAAACAUGGUCAAUAGCUGGGUAUUUGGUGGCAAAGAUGAUGCUUGAAGACCCAUCUCAUUUGGGAAUGAUUGCACUUGAGGAAGACAAGCAACUGAAGUCUGUCUUGAAACGAUCAGCUUCAUUUUGAUUGCUAUAUCUUGCAUCCGGAAGUUGCCUUCUAGAAAUGACAAAACUUUGUAAGAAUUAGUAUAGAAUAUAGUCAGAAUGGAUUAGUCUGAUUCUUUCCUUUUUACCUGGAAUUUUCUUCCAUUCUUGCUGUUAGUUUCUGUUUACCCAUACUUGCUAUCUUGAUUCUUGAACUCAAUUUAGCUGUACCAUCGACCUGUCUAGUUUACGUGAUGAGUUAUGACA